AAUCAAAAUGCUCGCACGAGCGUAGUUUCCGAAUCUUUUCCCAUAAUUCCCAGCCUUUGUUACGAAGCAUACGAAACGAAGUGUGGCGCCAUUUUGUCGCCAUUCGAAGUUUUGCCGUUAACGCGUAAAGGUGUUUCUCGUGUCUAUCCGACUUAAUUUGAAAGUUUUUGCUUUACUAUGGCUCGUACCAAGCAAACAGCCCGUAAAUCUACGGGAGGAAAAGCCCCCCGUAAGCAGCUGGCCACUAAAGCUGCAAGAAAAUCAGCCCCAUCUACCGGAGGCGUUAAGAAGCCUCACAGAUACCGUCCAGGAACUGUAGCCCUGAGAGAAAUCAGACGUUACCAAAAGUCCACUGAAUUGUUGAUCCGUAAACUCCCUUUCCAACGUCUGGUCAGAGAAAUCGCUCAAGACUUCAAAACUGACUUGCGUUUCCAGUCUGCAGCUAUUGGAGCUUUACAGGAAGCAAGUGAAGCUUACUUGGUUGGUUUGUUUGAAGACACCAACUUGUGCGCCAUCCACGCCAAGAGGGUCACCAUCAUGCCCAAGGACAUACAGUUGGCUCGAAGAAUCAGAGGCGAACGAGCCUAAUUUAAUUAUAUUGUAAUACUUAAUUUUAAGGGUAGUUGUAGUUUGAAUGCAUACUGCCACGUUUUGCGUUUGUCGGAGUAUUUGUUUCAUUUUUUCUGUGUCAGUAAAUUUUCAGUAAUCAUGCUCAUUCCAUUCACAUACUUAGUUGUAUAAAAAAAAAAAUUGGUGGAUGUGUGCUUUGACAGAUUCUAUUUAGUUCUUAAUAAAUAAUGUUUAUUUGUAAUUUUUUGUACGUUCAGUAAUUUUCACACUAAAAACUAUUUCACAAUAAAAUAGUUUAGAUUUAA